GCGGAAUCAGGGCGAUUGUGAGAAAAUUAGAGCAUUCACGAGCAUCGCCUUUCUUAGGUAGCGGCACAAAGAUGAACCUAACCUAAUCCUUCGGCCAUAUCCCUGUCCUCCAAAUCAAGCACUGUCAAAACAGAAAUCGUCACCGGCUUCAGCAACACCGCUGUUGGCAACACUAAUCGAAUACAGCUAAAUCAUCGCAAACAUGCCGGUCGAGAAUUUAGAGGAACAAAGUUUGGCUAAAAAUCCAAAUUUACAUUUAGCUCAGUUAAAAUUUUUGCUUUCGUUUGAUGCAACUAACAAUGCCGUUAAAAACGAAUUGCUUCAAGCCAUCGAAGAAAACAAUAUGGCUCCCUUUUAUGCUGAAGUUUGUAGAGAUCUUCAUUGGACAACUAAUGAGGAUUUGAUGUCUCGAAUGACUGAAGCUAAUACUAAACGAUUGAAAAAUUUGGAAGAUGCUAUCGAAGAUGCCGAAAAAAAUCUUAGUGAGAUGGAAGUAAGAGAAGCACACUUAGCAAAAGCAGAAUAUCUCAGUAGUAUUGGUGAUAAGGAAGCUGCACUAGCUGCUUUUAGAAAAACUCAAGAGAAAACAGUUUCAUUAGGACAUCGUCUUGAUUUACUUUUUCAUAUGAUCAGAAUUGGCUUAUUUUAUAUGGAUCACGAUUUGAUUACACGCAACAUAGAUAAAGCAAAGAGCUUGAUAGAGGAAGGUGGCGACUGGGAUCGAAGAAAUAGAUUAAAGGUUUACCAAGGUGUUUACUGUAUGGCCAUAAGAGAUUUCAAGAGUGCCGCAACUUAUUUCUUGGACACAGUAUCAACAUUUACGAGUUAUGAACUUAUGGAUUAUAACACUUUUGUCACUUAUACUGUGUUAUGCAGUAUGAUUUCUCUUCCAAGAGUUGACUUGCGUGAAAAGGUUGUGAAAGGAUCAGAAAUAUUGGAAGUUUUGCACAAUUGUCAAGAUAUGAACAAUUAUUUAUUUUCAUUGUUUAAUUGUCAGUAUGAAAAAUUCUUCAAAAAUUUAGCUAAUGUAGAAACAAUGCUAAAACGGGACAGACUGCUAGCUCCUCACUAUCGUUAUUAUGUACGUGAAAUGCGGAUUUUGGCAUACACACAAUUACUGGAAUCUUACCGAAGUCUCACGCUGCAAUAUAUGGCUGUAGCAUUUGGUGUUAGUGUGGAAUUUAUCGAUAGAGAAUUGGCUAGAUUUAUAGCAGCUGGUAGACUGCAUUGCAAAAUUGACAGUGUUGGAGGAAUUGUAGAAACAAAUAGACCUGAUAGUAAAAAUUAUCAAUAUCAAGCAUGCAUCAAACAAGGCGAUAUACUUCUGAACAGGAUACAAAAAUUAAGUCGAAUUAUUAAUAUGUGAAAUAAUACAAACGGGAGAACAUUCAUUGUUUAUAUAAACUUAUCAUUUAUUUUCCAUUUUGAUAAUUAAUUAGUUAUUACAUUUUCACUGAAUACUAAUGAAAACGUUAUUACCUGUGAAAUCAAAAUUUACUGCAAGUUAACAACUAUGUUUUUACUCCUCAUUUUUAAUAAAGGUUUGAUUUAUUUUA